AUGACAAAUUUCGAUAUAGACUGGCGCUAUCUUAUCAAUUCAAACGACGUUGACUCUAUAAUGGUAGCUAUUCAAAGCGGUGUAAGUAUUGAUUUUACUCCAAAUGCUCCAAUUGGUCCGUUAAGCCGUUCGCCCUUGAUGGUGGCUACUGUAAUUGGUAGUAUAGAGAUGAUUAAUUUGCUACUGGCUCUGGGAGCUGAUCGCGAAUUCAAGGAUAUUUGCGGAAAUACUCCACUACAUUUGGCUGUUUUAAACAAUAAUCUUGCAGCAGUUAAAGUCUUAUAUGACCAAAACACGGCUGAAUCUUCCACCAACAUAGACGGACAGACACCUAUGAGCAUAGCUAUCUCUAACAAUUACUUCGAGAUUGUAAACUUUAUGACUCUAAGCGAAACUUGCGCUCAAAAAAUAUCGGACGACGAUUCUGUUACUUUUGUUACUUAUGGAGAAAGGAAAAUGAGAAAAUAUAGAGGAAAUUAUUCCAGAGAUAAUAAAAUAGAGUCGGCUGGACAUGGUUCCAGAGAUGGAGAAAACAAGCAACGAAAAGAACUUGAAACUAAGGUUGACAAAGCUGGCACCUCAAAAUGGUCAAAAUGUCAUAGUUUAGCCCUGCAUAUAUGCAUGAAAUGCCGUAGAGUCUUUAUGAAAGGAAAAGCCAAACAUUUGCACGGGUUGGCACAUUUAAAGGAUGGCUCUAAAGGAGGAUCGUGA